AUGUACGGGUUGAUCCUCAACUACAUACCAACUGCUUCGGUCACCGCCCCGCAUCACACCGAGGAAUGCAACCCAUCUCGCUCACGAGUCACAAAUGUACAUAGGCGAGGCGGAACCUGGAAGCUGCACGCGGCCAGAACGUCGGCGAUGCUACGGUUACGAUGCGCUUGCGAGCGCAAAUACAACAGGUCACAAACCUUCUGUCAUCGUUUGACCGGUUUCCCGUCUAGUUGCCCUGCGGACUACUGGCCACGUUCCAACGUCGCAGUGUUCCACCAUGCCAGGACUCGGCAACUCAAUUGCUCGACAAGCCAUAGACCUCACCCCCUCGAUCCUCCCAAACGACUUUCAAAGAGACGGUUUUCCGGCCCUAACUGUCUGCUGUUACACGGUGCCCAGACUCUCCUCAUGAAGCACUGGGGCAGGGGUAUAUGA